AUGCGAUUCGAGAUCGCACAACUGUUCACUUUCUUUGCAGCCGCGUCCCUAUGGACGACAUCAGUUCAGGCAGGCCCUGCAUCUGCAUCUGGCACCAAGUUCACCAUUGAUGGCGAGACGGGCUACUUUGCAGGCACCAACUGCUACUGGUGCUCGUUCUUGACUAACCGCGCCGAUAUCGACCAGACACUGGAUAACAUCGCCACCUCUGGCCUUCGCAUCCUCCGUGUUUGGGGCUUCAAUGACGUAACCUCGAUUCCGGGCAGCGACAAAGUUUGGUUCCAACACCUUUCGGCAAACGGAUCUACCAUCAAUGUUGGGGAGAAUGGCUUGCAAAUUCUUGACUAUCUCGUCAAUGGCGCUGAAGAGCGAGGAAUCAAGCUCAUCAUCCCAUUCGUCAACUACUGGACUGACUUUGGUGGAAUGCGUGCGUACCUAUCGGCAUUCGGUGGCGCAAGCGAAAGCGACUGGUAUACCAACGACGCUGCGCAGUCCCAGUACCGGAAAUAUGUCAGCGCCGUUGUUCAGCGAUAUCGAGACUCUGAUGCAAUCUUUGCGUGGGAACUUGCUAAUGAGCCACGUUGCCCUGGGUGUGAUGUCGAUGUCAUCUAUCAGUGGGCUACCACGACGUCCAAGUACGUCAAGAGCCUCGACCCUGAUCACAUGGUUACUCUUGGAGAUGAAGGAUUUGGCGUGGAUGGUGGCAGUUCUUACCCCUAUCAGAAGGUCGAGGGCACGGAUUUUGCCAAGUUUUUGACCAUUGAGACGCUGGACUUUGGCACCAUUCAUCUUUAUCCAAGUCACUGGAGCGAGUCAUACGAAUGGGGCAGCGAAUGGGUCACCGCCCAUGCCAAGGCAUGUGCGCAAGCAGGAAAGCCAUGCUUGUUGGAGGAGUAUGGCGCUGUCGGCGAGCACUGUGCCCGUCAAAGUCCGUGGCAGAAAACUUCCAGAGAAACCGAGGGCAUGGGAGGCGACACAUUUUGGCAGUGGGGAGAGACCCUUUCCAUUGGCAAGACACAUGACGACGAUUUUACCAUUUUCUACGGCGACAGUGACUGGGAUUGUUUGGUUAAAGAUCAUGUUGCUGCCAUCCAGGGGUCAACCUGA